AAAUGAAUGCAGUUGAGUAAGUGUACUUCUACUUAUUAUGAGCCACCUGAAGAGGGCACCCUCACAGUUCAAUCACCUGGCUGUGCCAAAAAUAACACAACCAAAAAGUUACUCACAUGUUCUUUUAAAAUUGACAAAAUAACAUAAUUUAAAUCAAACAAAACUCCAAUCAGUUCACAUAAAAUGUAACCAUUUUUCUGCCCUUUAAUAGACACUAUCCUUCGUGCUUAUUAAAUAAAAAUGUCCCUAAGGAAACCCUGUAAGAUGUUGAACAUCUUUUGUCUGCUCACAAACAGACGGCCUACAGCAGCAGCUCCUGAAGGCGUCUCUCCACAUCACUCGCACGCUGCUUGUCAGACACGCUGCACAUAAUAUCCCAAGGCAAGAUAUCUGAAAGUCUCCCAGGCAGUCGGAGAGACGCUUUGUGUGUUUGUGUCCUCCGCUCCCUCUCCUGCACACACACACCCACACACACACACUCACACACACACACACUGAGCAUCAAACAGACGAAGAAGAACCAUUGGCUCGGAGGAGCUGAUGACGGAGGGAGCGCACCGUCUUCACCAGGAGCGCAGCAGAACACACACACACACACACACACACACACACACACUGCACCUCCGAGCUGUGGGAUGAGAGCAGUCCGUGGAGCUGGGAUGAGCACUUAACUUGGGAACUUUUAUUUUCUUCCUCUGCUGGUACUAUUUUGUGUGCAUUCCGGAGGUGGAGAGCUGUUGGGACGAGCGCGUUUUUCUCUCCAGGAGCGCGCAGUGUGGCGCACGUUGGACAACAAAAAAGCAGCUCGGUGCAGCGAGUGCAGCGCAGGCAGGUUUCCGUUUUAAAAGCAGCAGGAGAGGCAGAGGAGUUACGGAGUCCGUGUGGGGGAAGCGAGGCAGGAAAUCACGGAGACCUCUCUGUUAAAAAAACGAGGAAUAUUGAGAGGAAAUCAGAAAGCAGAAGUUGGAUAUGGCGGCGCUGAAGACGGUCGACCUCCUCGUUGGAGUUGUUUUAGUUUUGCACUGUGUGGCGAAUGCACGAGCCGAGAUAUCAUCCAGUAACGGGGUUUCUUACUCAUACGUGCAGGGGCAGGCGGGAGAGGAGGACGCAGCGGUGGAUGUGACGCUGUACAGUCACAGGUGGAGGAGAUGGCUCCCGCCUAAACCUCGUAGCAUGGACAGCAACAGGGCCAGUCAGGAGCAGGACCAGGAGCCGGAGCAGGUGGAGCCCGAGGGAUUCCCCGGGCUGCUGUCAGCCGAGGACACGGACAACAGCUCGCAGAUAGAGGAGGACACAGACCACGACUACUACACGUCAAAAACAUACGGGCCAUCUGAUCCAAUGAGCAGAGACUUGUGGGUCGAUACGGACCGGAUGGACAAGGAAAAAGUGAAGAUCCACGGGAUUCUGUCCAACACACACAGACAGGCAGCGAGAGUUAACCUGUCCUUCGACUUCCCUUUUUAUGGACAUUUCCUGAGUGAGAUCACUGUGGCGACUGGUGGGUUCAUCUACACGGGGGACGUGGUCCACAGGAUGCUAACGGCUACACAGUACAUCGCUCCUCUGAUGGCGAACUUUGACCCCAGUGUCUCCAGAAACUCUACAGUCAUCUACUUUGACAACGGUACAGCUCUGGUGGUGCAGUGGGACCACGUCCACCUGCAGGACAACUACAACCUGGGGAGCUUCACCUUCCAGGCCACGCUGCACAACACCGGCAGGAUUGUUUUUGCAUACAAAGAGAUCCCCAUCGAGGUGUCUCAGAUCAGCUCUGUCAAUCACCCGGUGAAGGUGGGCCUGUCGGAUGCCUUUGUGGUGGUCCACAAGAUCCAGCAGAUACCCAACGUGAGGCGGCGGACGAUCUACGAGUACCACCGCGUGGAGCUGACCAAGACGAGGAUCACCAAUUCUACAGCUGUGGAAAUCUUUCCUUUAGCCACUUGUCUCCAGUUCACCAGCUGCAGCGCCUGCAUCUACUCACAGAUCAACUUCAACUGUAGCUGGUGCCAUCGGCUCAACAGAUGUUCCAGUGGUUUUGACCGACUACGGCAGGACUGGGUGGACAACAGCUGCCCAGACGAGACCAAGGACAAGUUGUGUGACAUCAUUGACACGACGCAUCUCUACCCCUUCACCACCGCGAUUGCCGCCAAAACAACACCGAGGAGCAAAGAGGCCACAGCGAACAAGGACUCGCCCUCCACCUCCCACCCUCCCACCAGCGUCCCCACUGAAGAUGAUACCAAGAUCGCCCUGCAUCUCAGAGACAACCAAGUGAUGCCUGCAGACAGCGCUGCAGACAGGAUGCCAGGGUCACACCCUCUGCACAUCGGUCUGAUCCUCGGCAUCCUCCUGGUGGUACUCAUCAUGGUUGUCGGCGUGCUGGUCACCGUGUACAUCUACCAUCACCCGACCUCGGCCCCCAGCCUCUUCCUCAUCGAGAGACGCCCGAGCAGGUGGCCGGCCAUGAAGUUUCGCCGGGGCUCGGGCCACCCGGCCUACGCGGAGGUGGAGCCGGUGGGUCAGGAGAAGGAGGGCUUCAUUGAGUCCGAGCAGUGCUGAGUGAGGAGGGGGCGUCUGCAUCCCUCGUAGCCCCCCCACCCACCCACCCCACCCGCCCCUUUCAGUGCCGGCUCUCUUUCCUCCCGGACGUCUCAAGAGAAGACCUCCAGGAUCUGCUUUUUGGUGGAGGACGCUCAGUGUACACAAAAAAGACUAAAAGACACGAUUGAGGAACUGAGGCAGCGACAUGAGAAGAGCCUGAUCCCAGACACGCCCACUGUUGAGCGACAGGGAACAGAGGGAGGUCCAACACUGACGUCAUGGACUCAGACGGCGUUGGCUCCAAUCGCGUUGCCAUGGAGGGAUUGUACAGUCUGACUGCCUUGACUGGAUUGUGGUGUGUCUGAGGUGGUGGAUUAUACCAUAUAUAUUUUAAGAAACAAUGCAGAGUAUGUGAACAGAGAUUUCCACUUUUACUGUCGGUGGGGUUAAACUGUAUAGGCCUUUGUGUAUCCAUCAGGUUUCCACUUCUUUUGCUUUCACUUCUCGUCGUUGUUUUUCACAGAGGUCGGCACAUCUAAUCCGUACAGACCAUCGGUAUUGCUUUUUCAAUGCCAUCGCGGGCUUAAUUGACUUUUCCACUGCCGGCUCUGCACACAGAGUUUUGCAGAAGUGUGAUAUGCCGCCAGCUGAGCUCCAGUCACCGCAAUCGAUAGCAGCUUGGUGAGAAAAAAAAGCUCAGCACACUCAGUACGUGUGUGACGUUUGACCGGUUUCUUUUUCUGAAAAAGGAAAGUGUAAGAUGUUUCUUUUUUUGUUUUCAGGGGAAGCCUCGAGCAGACAUACAUCCUUACAUUUUUAUUUACUCCAUUUCUCCAUGAUAGCAAGUCAUGUCCAGGAGACCUCAACUUAUUUAUUGACAAAACUUUAUUAAUUUGGAUAACAGCAACAUGGCAUGUUGUGGUCUGUCCUAUCACAUACUGUAGGGUUUUCACACCUGCAGAAAACUUACAUUUCCAGGAGGUAUGUGUGAGACCAAACAGACUCAGACUUCCCCCGGAGUUUCUCCUGCCAGACUUCUAGUAUUUUGUCCGCAGCAAGUCCGAGUGAGCUGAUGUGAGAACACAGCAGGAUAUUAUCAGGAGAAUUCCCCUCCAGCAGGUGGGAGGGGCUGGUGAUGGUUUAUAUCCUGUGAUUAGAGUCAAUACAUCGUGUGUGUCCACGGCUGAAAUGAUCCAGAUAUUUUCAGGAGUGCAGAUGUGAAAACAGCUGCAGUGACCAGCCUCCUGCUUUGUUUGGAUCGGCAGAAAAUUGUCUCAUUAUCAAGAGAAGUAAAACUUUGAUAUCUCGAGACAAUAAUUUAAAAGUAUCUAUUAUAAAGGAAAAACCAGCUUUGUCUUCCCGAAAUGUCAAGAUAAACAAGUUGAGAACGUGAGCAAACAAACAGGAAGGUGGAGUAAUCAAAACGUUUGGAUGCAUGUCCGCUUACGGCCUCCAUAAUGUUUUUUAACGGGUGAUGGGCACUCUGCUCUUUUUGACUGGUUCAUUGUUUGAUUCUUUGAAUCAUUGAAAACAUUUUGUUGUUUUAAUCCUUUUUUUUUUUUUUUUUACUUAAGCAGUUUUUUUUUUCAUGACUGCCGUUUCAUUUUGUCCUUGAUUAGAAUUUGCACAUUUUUAUUUUCCAAGCACAUUUGAUUCUCUCAUUUGACAUGUGGUACUAAUGCAAAACGACAAGACAGGCGCUUGUGAGUGUGUAUGCUGAAUAUAUUUUCUUAAGUGUAAGUGAUGCGAGUGUGUGUGUGUGUGUGUGUGUGUGUGUGUGUGUGUGUGUGUGUGUGUGUGUGUGUGUGUGUGUGUGUGUGUGUGUAGUUUUUGGAUAAGGGAUAUGUUUGAGCUGGCUCUGCACGGUUGAUUCUUAAUGAUUUGAAUCUGAGGUGUGGUGAUACGGUUUGUGUGAGCCAGAAGACACACUGGUACGGUCGGAGUUUUCCUCCAUUUUACGGUGUGAUUUCCUUUUCCCAGUCUGUUGCCAGCAUAACCAUUGGCUAGUCCGUGUUAACGUUAUGAUUGGCUCAUCGGUGUCGACACUUUCAUGUAUAUACCAAACGAAAACAUUUGCAGAUUCAGGUAAUUCAUGACAAACUUCUUCUUUUUUUUAAAUAAGCAUUAUAGCACAGAUGAAAAACUUUUUUUAUUUUUUAUGAGUGGCCUUUUUUUCUCUACUUUUUUACUCAAAUGUGAAAACUGUACAAAUCAUCAAACUGUCACCGAUCGACCCGCACGGCCUCUGACGGAUUCACUUCAAAUCCUCGUUAUCCUCACUGUCACACGGCAGACGCCGUGUUUUCACACCAAUGAUUGUAGACGUUCUUCAGACGCCAUCAGCAUCCUGGAAAUCUACUGACAAAAUAAAGAGUGCAAUAUGCCGUCUGUUCAGUUUGAUACUGAAAAUACAUUCUAAUAAUAAUCAUCUGGAUUUUGUUUUGUUCACACGUCGUCGUCAUCACAUCGAGACCAAAGACUAACACGCAGCUGAGUGAGCUACAUUGACUUACCUCGACCUUUAACUUCACCUCAGCAGCCACGCAGACAUCCACCACAUGUUAGACGUCGCUAUAUUACUUUACAGGUUAUGAUAUUUACCACUUCAUGAAAUCAAAAAGGAGCCUUUUUUUUUUUUUAAUUCCCCCCGUUUUUGUACCAGGCUGUAAACAUGUUAAUCUCUGCUCUAACAACAGGCUUUUUUUGAAUGUGGUGUGUAUGUGACUUCCUGCAGUCAGCCUCAAGUGGACACUCGACAGACUGCAGGAUUUUACACUUCCGCAUCGGCUUCAUUUUGCAAGACCGUAAGAGGUUGCCGCUUGGUCAGUCCAGAAGCUGGUUCAUCCAGCCUAGUGUUGUGUGAGUGUCACACUCUACAAAACGAAGCCAACUGUUCACAAGAUAGUUUAAAGUCUUUAUUUGUGAUUUUUCACACUUAAAUGUAGAAAUCAAGUAUCUCCUCUGAAAAUAACUCUGUGAGUCAUGACUGUCUACAAUGGGUGUAACACCCGAGUCCCACUGUCUGUGAUGUUUUCAGAGUUUUCAGAGUCCUAUCUUCACUUUGUUUACAUCGCCCGGACGGCCGGCUGACUCCUCCCCUCGUGUAUAAAAGUUGUUUAAUUGAGGGACUAGAGAAAAGAAGAAUAACAUACUGUACUCACUGCUUAACUGUGUUUCUAGAUCACGCUCAUUUCAGGUAAAUUUACAUGCAGUGUGAAGAUACGAGCAGAAUAAAGAUCGCUAGCAUUAGCAUGCUAACACAACAAUGCAGCGCGAGUUGUUUUGGUUUCAUGCUGGUGCUCAAGGGCGACAUCUACUGGAUCAAAAAAUCACAUAUAAAGCCUUUAAAAAAGCAAGGCAUUGCUCCCUCUUAGAGAUAAUAUCCUCAUCAUGUUAUGAAAGUGUUUCCAUAUUCUUUAAAGACGAGGAUCCUACUCAACCUGUUGACGCCUCUGUCUUCAAAUCAAACGUGUAGGAAACAGUCGCCUCUUGGGGAAAUGGGUUGAAAGCAUCAUUAUUUUCAAUGCUAAAGCAGGCUGCACUGACUUUUCCACACAGACACUUUGCAGAAGUGUGAUAUGACUGAAAACGACAAAGUUAGAAGAGUCUUUGUGAGUCCUGAUAAUAACAUCAGAACAGCAGUUUGUGUUUUUUAAAAGCUGCAGCCUGUUACUCUAAAUCUUUGUGAAUACAGUAGAGUCCAAUCUGUGAUUCCUGUUACCUGAGACAGCGUUACGUCUGCCAAAACAAUGUGUCAUUAUCAAAAAUGAAAACGUAUUUUUGAAAACUUUAUUUUCAAGAAGCUAAGUUCAAGUUUCUAAAAAAUACUGAGUUCUUUCGGAUCAUAUCAUCCAUGCAGCCCUCAUGGGAACAUUUAAGAGCAUUUCAUCGACACCAUGGAGCUAACAUUUGCUUUAUUCAUGAGCUAACAGUUGGUGAAAUCUGCUGUUCUUUCUGCAGCAAAGUGAGUUUCCAUUCAGUUAGAGAUGACUGUUCAGCCUGAAUUUCCAUUUCGACCUCUGAAUAAAAUCUUAUUUACACAUCCAAAGAACCACAGCAGGUACUAACCCCUGCUUUGCAAACUCUACUGUAUAACCCAUGUUAAACUCUGUUGAGGGCUAUUUUAGGGGGGGGGGGGGGUUUAUUUUUUAAACACUGAUAGAUUGGUGUCUCUUCUUGGAACAUCUGCUUGUUGUACACUCGCACCUGAAACUGCAAGUGUUUUUAUGACCACUCUCCAAACGCAGUCAGAGAAAAGGUCAAAGCUGGAACACUUUGACUUAAGUCGACCUUUUAGCACUCGACUUCACUAAUCACCUUCACUCCCUCUCUAACGGUAUUUUAGACGACGUUAAGCACCGUAGUGGCUCAAUAAACACACCAACAACAAACCUGUAAUACGGUUUUAUCUUACGACUAUCACUCAAAAUCACACAGUAUCGAAGCUGUCUGUAAUUUCUGUGACUGCUGUUGUUUUGAUUACUUUUCAAAUAAUAAACGUUUGUUAAAUACAAAGAAAUCCUCUGGAUGUUA